AUGACGCUGCUCGCAAGGGGCGUUGACCCUCGUGAUCACGAAGAGGGCGAGCAGGAAGACGAGGAUGACGAAGGACGCCUUCGCAGACAGGAUCAGCCUGAGGACUCGUCGGUAAAGUCAGACUCCAAGGGCUCUUCGUCCUCGUCAUCUUCUCGCUCUGGCUCGUCGUCUUCCUCUGCCGCUGGAUCAUCCGCUGGCGGCUCGGGCUCAGGAGGCAGCUCAAGUGAUGGCUCGUCAUCUGGCGGGUCCUCAUCCAGUGGAUCCUCAUCUCGUCAGCUUACCCCGCAAUCGGUACCGACCGUCUACCCACAAGUCCUCGCUCUCCCCAUCACCCGCCGUCCACUCUUCCCUGGAUUCUACAAAGCCGUCGUCAUCAAGAACCCGCAUGUAUGCGCGGCCAUCAAGGAGUCGCUGAAGCGUGGCCAACCCUACAUCGGAGCAUUUCUCCUUAAGGACGAGGAUGGCGAUGCGGAUACAAUUGAAGACCUUGACAAGGUCCACCGCGUCGGUGUCUUUGCCCAGAUCACUAGCGUCUUCCCAGCGCAGAGCUCCUCUUCGAACAAGAAGUCAAAGGACGCCUCAAAGUCAGACGGCAAGGAAGGCGAGGAAGACGAGAGCGAGGGCUUGACGGCAGUUCUCUACCCGCAUCGCCGUAUUCGCAUCGAUGAGCUGUUGCCGCCUCAUGGAUCGCCUCAACGUCCUGAGCUCGGCGAUGGAGCUCAUCAGGAUGGCGCCGAGUCAGCGACGAACGCCGACGCUGUCGCCUCCAAGGACCCUGUGGAGGCAGAGCGAGCAGCGACUUCGACGUCGUCUUCCGAGCAGAUCCCUUCGCACGGUGCUCCUUACCAGACCAACUUCCUGCGCAAUUACCCCGUCUCUCUCGUCAAUGUCUCCAACCUCGAGGCGCGCCCUCACUCCAAGGACUCGCAGGUCACUCGCGCUAUCAAGUCUGAGCUCAUCUCCGUCUUCAAGGACAUUGCUUCACUCAAUCCUCUGUUCCGCGACCAAAUCGCCAACUUCUCCAUCGCGCAAGGGGCUGGCAAUGUAUUCGAAGAGCCCGAGAAGCUCGCAGACUUUGCUGCUGCCGUAUCGAGCGGCGAUGUCGGCGAGCUGCAGGCCGUCCUUGAAGCUCUUGACGUUGAGGAGCGACUGCAGAAGGCUCUCCUGGUCCUGAAGAAGGAGCUCAUGAACGCGCAACUGCAGAACAAGAUUUCAAAGGACGUCGAGCAGAAGAUACAGAAGCGACAGCGCGAGUACUUCCUUCACGAACAGCUCAAGGGCAUCAAGAAGGAGCUGGGCAUCGAGUCGGACGGCAAGGAUAAGAUGGUCGACAAGUUCCGCGAGAAGGCUGCUAGCCUCAAGAUGCCCGAAGCCGUCCGAAAGGUCUUUGACGAGGAGCUCAGCAAGCUGCAGACGCUCGAGCCGGCAGCGAGCGAGUUCAACGUCACACGUGGCUACCUUGAGUGGCUCACCAACAUCCCGUGGGGUGUUCACUCGCCAGAGAAUUACUCGAUUGCCAACGCCACGACUGUUCUCGAUGAGGAUCACUAUGGCCUCAAGGACGUCAAGGAUCGCAUCCUCGAGUUCCUCGCUGUCGGCAAGCUGCGUGGUACAGUUCAGGGCAAGAUCAUCUGCCUCGUCGGACCUCCCGGUGUGGGCAAGACUUCGAUUGGCAAGUCCAUUUCGCGAGCACUGGACAGGCAGUUCUUCCGCUUCUCCGUUGGUGGUCUGAGCGACGUCGCUGAGAUCAAGGGUCACAGGAGAACCUAUGUCGGCGCGAUGCCGGGCAAGGCAAUUCAGGCGCUCAAAAAGGUGGGCACGGAGAACCCGCUCGUGCUCAUCGACGAAGUCGACAAGAUUGGCCGUGGACACAACGGUGACCCUAGCUCAGCUCUCCUCGAGAUGCUCGACCCGGAACAGAACGGCUCCUUCCUCGACCACUACAUGGACGUACCCGUCGACCUCUCUCGUGUCCUCUUCGUCUGCACGGCCAACACGCUCAGCACGAUCCCGCAACCUUUGCUUGACCGUAUGGAAGUGAUCGAGGUCUCCUCGUACACCGCUGACGAGAAGCGUCACAUUGCCAAGGGAUACCUCGCACCUCAGGCCAAGGAGGCGUCAGGCCUGAAGGACGCAAACGUCACUCUUCCCGACUCGACGAUCGAGUUCCUCAUCAAGAACCACGCGAGGGAGAGCGGUGUGCGAUCAUUGCGUAAGCUCCUCGAGAAGGUCUAUCGCAAGAUUGCGUUCAACAUUGUUCGCGAUCACGGCGAGAGUGUCUUCCCUGAACCGAAGGAGGGCGAGCUGAAGCCGGCUACUGCGGGCGAGCAGGAGGAGGCGGCAGAGAAGGCCAAAUCGACGGAGAGGACGGUCGAUGAGCCGCAGCCGGACGAUGUGAACAAGGCUGUAGGAGGAGCAGACAGUGCAUCGCAAAGUGUCACGCCGCCUCCUACGCCGGAGGAUGCGGCAGCUAAUGCCGCGAAGGACAAGGAGGGCGAGUCUGGCGAUGCUGAGAAGGCUCCCGAUUCUUCCGUGCCAGCACCCGACUCUCCGCCACCCGCAGCCCCGAAGACGACGACUGAAGAGCGUCAGCCGCUCAAGGUCCCCGAUUCGGUUCAGGUCACCAUCACCAUCGACUCGCUCAAGGACUACCUUGGUCCCCCGGCCUUUAGCAAGGAUCGACUUUAUACCGGUCACAUGCCUUCGGGCGUUGCUACUGGUCUCGGGUAUCUGGGCAAUGGCUCCGGCUCGCUCAUGCCCAUCGAGACGGCUACCCUUCCCUCGCGUAGCGGUGGGGGAGAAUCUGGUGGAGGCGGUGGUGGCUCGCUGCAACUCACAGGCAAGCUGGGCGACGUGAUCAAGGAAUCAGCCUCAAUCGCCCUCUCGUUCCUCAAGAGCAACGCUCCCUCCCUUGGCCUCGCGAAGGACGACACUUCCAACAUUCUCCGCGGUAAAGACGUCCAUCUGCACAUGCCGGAGGGAGCAAUUGGCAAGGAAGGGCCGAGUGCGGGUGUUGCCUUUGUGGUUUCGCUCGUCUCGCUCCUCUCCGACAAGCCCGUACGCUCUGACCUCGCUAUGACGGGCGAAGUUUCCCUAAGGGGUAUGGUAUUGCCAGUGGGGGGGCUGAAGGAAAAAACCCUUGCGGCGCAUCGUGCUAACAUGCGAACCCUGAUCCUGCCCUUGGCGAACAGGGCGAACGUCGAAGCAGACGUGCCCGAAGGUGUGAGGGAGGCUAUGGAGAUUCACUACGUGGGCAAUGCAUGGAGCGCGCUCGAUGUCGCAUUUGGUGAGGGACCUUGGAGCGCAAAGGCGAGGGAGAUGGAGGCAGAGGAGAAGAGGGAAGAGGAGGAGAGACUGGGAAGGGAGAAGGAGGAGAGGGAGGGGGAGGGUCAGCAGGCCUAG